UUGAGAAGUGAAUCCAUAAAUAAUGCAAUACUUUAUGAACGAACCGAUUGUAAAAUGAAUGCAUUUUUGAUGCAAUCUUUCAAAAAGUGAUAACAAUUUGUGUGAAAAAGUUUCCAAUCGGUUGUGAUUACAUCUGCACUCAUAUAACACUCACAAUCAGUGAGACACCACUGAUCCGGACAGCCGUGUGAUCGUCGUGUGAGUGGUGUUGAGGUGAGUGGAUGUGAUUGGAUGAGUGGUGGUGGCGAUGGGUGACCAGCAGUUCCACGGCGGCGGACACCAGCAGUCGGGUCAACAACACGUGUCUUCACUCUAUGCUCUUCAGCCGCAGUGCUAUUCCACGCCUUAUGUGAGCCAACAGUCCAGCGAUACAGUAAUCCAAUUGCGAUCACUUCAGGAUCAGCUGAACUCACUUCAGCAACAGAGGGAUCAGUUGCAGAAAGAACUGAACGCCGAGAAGCAGAAAGUGAUGCAAAUGUCUCAACAACUGUCAGCUCAGCAACAGUUGAGUCUUCAGAUGCAACAGCAAUACGACCAACAGUUGAGAGCUCUUCAGUUCGAGUUAUCGAAAUACAAGACACCGCAGACAUCACACGAAGCCAUCAUUCAGACCACACAUCAGUCACUGUUCCCAACGAUGGGUAAAGCCGUGAGAGGGGCGGGCGAUGAGCACACGUGCGACUCGUGUCAGUUCCGGACCAAAUCGCAGGUCUCUCUACUGCUGCACAAAGUGAAUCACGGACUCACCCAAAAGCACCUCCAGUUGCCCACAACUAUCUUCACCACCAAAAACAACAACAACUCAUUCCUCUACAGAUGUCCCGCUUGUGAGGGAAAGUUCACUCGACAUGAGGUCUAUUCACACAUCUAUCAGUUCCACACCAGCGAACAGCCCCAUCACUGCACAGAAUGUGAUCUAUUCUUCACUCAUUUCGAUUACCUAACGGAACACCAAAGAGAUAAACAUAACAACAAAUCCAAGAAACGAAACGUUCCGCAGAAGACGGCAAACAAAUACUCCAAUAAGAAGAGUAAGAACAGUGCUCUCGUCUCUUCACCCGGUUCUUCGUCCGCUUGGAACUCAUUGGAGACAAUCAUUUCGUCCACAAUCGGCACUUUCGAUGAGACCACGAAUGCCAUCGCAAGCAUUGCUGAUCCAAACGCGCAAAUAUUGACAGUAAACCGGAUGCAGACAACAGUGAAUCCAAUAGUUCCCAAACCGGCGCCCAUUCCGGUCGAGAAAUCUGACGGUGAAUUCAAAUGUACUUUCAGUGACUGUGGGUUCGCCACCAAUACGAAGGAAAGACUCGAUUUUCACUUGAGUGCACACAAGAACUCCAAAUACAAAUGUCCUCACUGCCCCUAUGUGGGGAACGUAUUGGUUGACAUUCGCAGACACAUCCAGAAAAUGAAUCCAAUAGUUCCCAAACCGGCGCCCAUUCCGGUCGAGAAAUCUGACGGUGAAUUCAAAUGUACUUUCAGUGACUGUGGGUUCGCCACCAAUACGAAGGAAAGGCUCGACUUUCACUUGAGUGCACACAAGAACUCCAAAUACAAAUGUCCUCAUUGCCCCUAUGUGGGGAACGUAUUGGUUGACAUUCGCAGACACAUCCAGAAAAGUCAGAAACAUCAGGGCUUUCAUGUGUUUCAGUGCCAGAAGUGUGACUACGGAUCCAAUUGCGAGAAGACCUUCAAAGACCACUUGAGACAAAUCCAUUUCGGCAAAGAAGUGACCGACAAAAUGAUCAAUUCGUUCAUUGAAGACAUGUUCUCCAAUGAAAGCGGAAAACUUGCCGUUCAAUAGUGUCUAACCAUUUGUCAUAUCAUACCCUCAUAUGAAGUGCGGUAUAAAUCGUUAGCAAAUAUGAACACUAAUUUCAUAUGUGAU